AUGCAAGCUUUACAACCCUCUCAUCUGUAUCAACAGAUUGUAGAUAAUCUGCCAUGGAAGUCCGGGGACUCUUCGGUCAAAGGUGACCCUAGAAAGAGUGUCAAGUGGAUCGAUGGUCUACGAGGUAUCGCUUCCUUUCUGGUCGUUAUGACCCAUCUGGCUCGAGGAUGGGAUUUCAGUCUAUUCGCUCCCCGGGACGACCCCGACGCAACCCCGCGGAUUCUCCAGUGGCCCAUUCUCCGUAUUCCCUGGCAAGGACGUCUCGGUGUCACCAUCUUUGCCUUCUUGACCGGAUAUGUCUGUGCUCUAAAGCCUAUCAAGCAGGCUCGUAAUGGAGACCAUCACGGUGCCUUCACCUCCGUCGCGAAGAGUGCCUUCCGCCGUCCUCCGCGUCUCAUCCUGCCCGCCACCCUCGCCUUGUUCAUCUCGUGGGUUAUGGCGCAAUUCGGAGCGUUCACCACUGCCAACCGGUCGGACUGCUGGUGGUGCCGCUACGCCGCCGUCGAUCUCGAGGACUCGUUCUGGAAGGAAGUGGUGCGCCUGUUCGAGAAUUUCCUCAGCACUUGGACGACCGGUUUCCAGGCCUACGACGACCACCAGUGGGCCAUGCUUCCUCUGUUGAAGGCCUCCAUGCUGGUGUACAUCAUGCUCUGCGCCACGAUGUAUGUCAAGUUCCGGUACCGCAUCGGAAUCUACAUUGCCAUGAUCCUUUACUUCCACCAGGACGCCAGCAAAGACACCGAAACCUUCCAAAUCCAGGCUAUCUACGGCAUGUUCCUGAGUGAUCUCUCCUACGAAGCAUCGUUCAAGGAAUUCCUCGAGCGUCACAAGUGGCUUCGCCGCACCGUCGCCACCAUCUGCGGUAUCUCCGGUCUCCUGGUCUGCUCCUACCCUGGUUCCCACCCCGAGUGGGCCACCUGGUCCAGGUACAUGUACAAAGCGGCGCAGUAUAUCUUCCCGCCGGACGUCAACGUUGGCAAGCGCUACACCGCCAUCGGUAUCGACCUGAUCAUCAUGUCCAUCUAUCUCUCCCCGACGACCAAGGAGCACCUCGCCAACAGACUCCUGCUCUGGUUCGGUAAGCAGAGUUUCGCCGUGUAUCUGGUUCAUGGUACUCUCCUCCGUACCGUCCUUUGCUGGAUGCUGUACGGCAUCUCGGGUCAGCCGUGGGAGGAAAUCGUGGAUGACAACGGAAAGCCCAUCUACGACCAGGACGGCGAGAUCAUCCAGCCUCCCUGGAUCCCUCUCCGUCCUCCUUGGGUUGUGGCCAUCAGUAUCCCGGCGUGGAUCUGUCUGGUGUACUUCUGCGCGUCUAUGUGGACCACCUACGUUGAUCCGGCCUGCGCGAAGAUCACGCAGAAACUGGAGAAGAAGAUGUUCGAAGAGGACGAGAAGCCUCCCGCGGCUCUUCCGUUGACCUCGAUCCCGAUGCCUACUGCCUAA